GCACCUCCACAAAAUUAGUGUUGUGGUGUGUGUCCCCGUAUAGAUUAUUAUGUUACGAGUUAACCAUGAAAACACGCAUUUCUGGGCCCCAAUCAAUGUUAUUUAAGAACUUUCGAAAACAAGAAUUCUACUUAAUCUACAGAUAGAGGGCCCUCAUAACGGUGAAUCAGAACAGGGAAACAGUUCUGAUGAUGAGCGAAUAGUUAUGACUUUAAGAAAGAUGAAAAAGGAAGUGGAGGUGAUGGUGAUCCAUACGGUUCAGCAAGUUAUAAGGCCUAUUUUUGAGGAUAUGAUUCGGAAAGUGGUAAAAGAGCAAAUUCAAUUGGCACAGGAAAAGUUCUUGACUGACCAGAAUCAGAACUCUUUGGACAAGGCUAUUACGCCAAGACCAAGAAAUUUAGAGCUGAAAUUCUUAGACGAAGUGUCUGAUCCAGUUUUGACAGGGAAGGAAAUUAAAGGACAAGAAGGGACUCACAUUCAAGUUUCUCUAGUUGAUAAUGUAACUGGGCUUCGUGUCAUCUCUGGGCCUGAAGCCUCAGCAAAGGUGGAGAUAUUAGUUCUCGAGGCUGGUCCUAAUGAUUAUGCACUCAAUGGGAGUCUUAAAGACUUCAGUAAUAGCAUCAUUAGAGAAAAUGAGAAGACAAAGCCCCAUUUUCCUAAACCUGUUUAUAUAUGUCUCAAGAAAGGCAUUGGUAUUUUGUCUGAUGUCAGGUUAGGACAUGAUGCACGCUGGAUGAAGAAUUGCAAAUGCAGACUAGGGGCAAGAGUUGUGGAUAUAUUUGAUGGAUGUACUGUGAAAGAAGCAUGGACAAAGUCAUUUAUGGUCCAAGAUAGCCGCGGCAAAUUGUAUGAGAAGCACUACCUACCAUCUCUUUCUGAUCCUGUAUGGAGAUUAGACAACAUUGGUAAAUACGGAGCUCCAUAUAAGCGUCUGUGUCAGGCAAAUAUUUCCACAGUACAGGAAUUUUUGUUUUUACUCUCAGUUGAUCGUCAAAGGCUCCAAAAGAUAAUUGGUGCAGGUUCUAAGACAUGGAAGACCAUUGUAGAUCAUGCUCUUCGAUGCACCAUUGACGAUAGAAGGAUAUACUUCUACAACUCUUCAGCUGAAUAUAAAAAAGGUGUAGUUUCUGAUACUGUGGGACAACUGAAAGGGGUACUACGUAACUGCCAGUUUGUUCCCAUUAAAAGUGCAUGUGAGGCUGAAAAGGCUGAGGCACAGAAGUUACUAGCAUCUGCUUUUGAAAAUCGGAUGGAUGUAAUCUCUUUCGAUGAUGAAACUUCUUUUUUGCAUCAGUUUCCAUGCAUAUCAAACGAUAACAAUGUCAACUCCUCUGGGCUGGACGGUCUUGAUGGCUGUAGUUGCAGCGUCAUUGAAAAUAAUGAUCGAAACGAUCCUACACUGCCAGUUACCUCAUCUCAGGGAAUCGGUCCAUCUAUCAUUCAUUCUAAUAUUUCCUGUAAUUUUGGCUCGGCCAGCUCCAAAAAUGUUGAAUACUCACAUGAACUGCCUCUAGGGGCUCCAGGGGAGGGCCCAAGUUGCUCAAUGUUGGAUUUUGAUCAUCUGUUGGAAAAUUUUGGGGACAAUGAACCUCUAUUAUCUCUUAUUUUCAGCAAUAACAACGUUCCCGAGAUCCCUAGGGUUGAAUCGCAUCCUGAUCAACAAAGUACUGCUGGAAGUAUUGGCUUUGUUGGUGCUGUUAUUACUCUACAAUGGUUGUUUCGUGUAAGAAAAAAGGUUGCGUCUCUAGGAGAUUGUCAGGUUCGGAAAAGGCAGAGGCUAGGUUGCAUUUGAAGGUUCUUUUAGAAGGUUAAAUAUAUUGGUGUUGACUAAACUCUUAGUGAAAUUUCAUGUUGACGACUAAAUUUCAUUUUGUU